AUGGAGCAAAUGGCCAUGUGUCUCCGUUAUUUUGAUGGAACUGGUCUACUUGAGGAGUUUCUAGGCUUUGCAGAAUGUGAAUCGACCACAGGCGAAUCAUUAGCAAAUGCGUUUUUAGCCAACCUUGAGCGUGCGGGUGUGCACAUCAAUCACAUGCGUGGCCAAGGAUAUGACGGCGCAGCCAACAUGUCAGGGAUCCAUAGGGGUGUACAAGCUAGGAUUCGGCAGCGUAUUCCUGGUGCAGUGUAUACCCAUUGCAAGGCACAUAGCCUUAACUUGUCAAUUAUCCAUGCCUCGAAGGAAAUGUACGCCUGGAACAUGAUGGGGACUGUCCAGCAAAUUGCUUUUGCGUUUAACUAUUCCGCCAAGCGCGUUCUAAGGUUCCAAGAAAACCUUGAGAAUGACGCUGCUGCACGCGAAGAGAUGGACCGGCGCACGAAGCUCCAAUCUUUGUGCGAGACCCGCUGGGCCGCAAGGGCAGAGGCGUUGCACACGUUCCUGUGUUCAUAUAGAGUUGUUGUGGGGUCAUUGGACGAGCUAGCGAGCGACUAUGGGGACACAAAAGCCGCGGGAUAUAGCCGCUCAAUACAGAACUUUGAGUUUGUCAUAACAUUGGUCGCGGUAGAGCAUGCGUUGUCGGGUCUUGUUAACAUAUCAAAGAUCCUCCAGAAGAAAGACUGCGACUUGCUUGAGGCAGCCGAGGAAGCACGAGUUGUUAUCACCAUGCUGGAGAAUGAACGAAAUGACGAUAUGCUGUGGGACCACCUAUAUGACAAAGCCGUUUCUCUAGCAGACGACAUCGGCGUGGAGGCCACCGUUCCUCGUUGCCACGGUCGGCAAGCCAACAGACCAAACGCUCCGGCCCAAACCCCUUCGCAAUUCUGGAGAGUCAACAUGUAUCUACCAUUCGUAGACCAUCUCAUUGUGGAGUUGACGAAUCGGCUGUUAAAUCCACAUGGAAGAUUCACUGCUCAGUAUCUACUGCCAACAAAAGCUGCUGGGCUCACACCUGCUCGGGCUGCAGAGAUAUACGCAGUGUACCAGCCAGACCUACCAGGGUGCGACCAGGAGACGUUCGUGCGGGAGUGCAACAGAUGGACGGCUAAAUGGACGACAACAUCCCCUGCUCCAUAUCCAUGCCUAGAAUCAAGCUUGGGCGUGGCAACUGAGGCGUCCUAUCCUAAUAUCCGGAUAUGCAUGAUGAUUUUGUUGUGUAUGCCUGUAUCCACAGCUACGGCAGAGAGGUCGUUUUCAACGAUGAAGCGGGUCAAGACCUACCUCCGAAAUACCAUGACCACAGAGAGGUUAUCCGGGCUUGGGCUACUGAAUAUUUACCAGGAGCGAAACAUUAACGUUGAGCAAGUGGUGGAUGCUUUUGCCCGUCAAAAAGAUCGUCGCCUUGCUCUUAUUUUCAAAGUUUAACCAUAUUGUAGACGAAAACUUUGGUUAAGUGGUUGCAUAAACACUUAAUGAACUAACUGACGCCGCAACGAAAGAUGUUUGAUAUUAUAUGAAUGUUAUUUCAACUUUACAAAAAUGUAUAAUGAAGUUAGUAUUUGUUACGUAUCGAAUGUUAAUAUA